AUGGACGGAGUGGUUGAGUCAAAAGAACACUUGUGCUAUCCGGUGAUCAGCGAAAACCCAAGCAUCACUCAAAUCAUGAAAAACACAAGAACUAAAGAAUUGGGAUAUGCUGCUUUGUGGACCGUUGGAUUGGGAAUUUUUGGAUUUGCAAAAGGCUCGCCUAAGAGAAUGCCAUCCGCUGUUGUUGGUGGUAUUGUGGGUGCUUUUGGUGGUUUGCUUUAUUCUCAAUAUAAUUCAAUGUUACGUUUGAAGGGAUAUAAAGAAAAUAGAUUGGAAUUAAUCAAGGCUGGUAUCAUCAGUCCUGAAGGUAACAAGCGUCUUGUAAAAGUAGUGAAGAGAAGACCUCUCGUUUCUCCCCAACAAGCGCUCUAA